CGAAGGGCCCGGCGAUUGUUGUAAGAUGGCGUCUUCCAGUCGCUCUCAGGUGAUUUCUCUCUACAGGAUGCUUAUGAAGGAGAGUAAGAAAUUCCCUUCGUAUAAUUUCAGGACAUAUGCCCUGCGAAGGGUGAGGGAUGGCUUCCGUGCAAACCGUAAUGUGGACAACCCCAGAACUCUGGACCUGCUCCUGAACCAGGCCCGGGAGAAUCUAGCGGUCAUCAAGAGGCAGGUGUCCGUUGGACAGCUCUAUUCCACCCAGAAGACCAUCGUGGAGGACAAGGAGAUGCAGAGGCCCAACUGACCAGGUGGCCAGAAGAUCAGUGAGCCUCAGUUGCCAUGAUGAACCUUCUCCACGGGACGGAGGGGGAAACACUGUGACCUCUAUAGCUUGGCUUCCCCACCAUCGUUAAGUGUUCAUGUCUCCACAUAUUGUAGAAGUAUGUAUCGUAUUUAUUUUUACCGUUGAAAGUGAUGCAACAAUUAAAAUACAUAUUCAAAGCGA